AUGGCGUCCCCGAUCACCUGCCACGUCCUCAAUACCCUCUCUGGAACUCCGGCAUCUGGACUCACAGCUACCCUUACCCUGUUAUCGACCUCCACGUCUUCUUCCCAGGCCGGUGUGAGUUUCACCGCCGUUACGAACGAUGACGGCCGCGUGAGAGAGUGGCAGCCCGCUGCGGGGAAAACUGUGUCUGACGUUAUGGACACGUUCAACGACGGGGAGCGGACCCCGUGGAGUAUCAAGUUCGAUAUUGGCCCGUGGUAUGAAGAGAAGGGCAUCGAGAGUUUCUGGCCUGAAGUGGAUGUCAAAUUCUACGUCAAAAAAGGAGAGCGGCAUUAUCAUGUGCCCGUCCUUGUUGGGCCUUGGACCUAUACCACCUACAGAGGCUCCUGA